AUGAGCUUGACCUCGCGUCUCUUAGGCCUGUUUUCGACGACAGAGACAUCUACACCUGAUUCGCCUACAUCGUCUUCAUUCUUGCUGAACGCCAAGAGCGGUGGCAAUGAUGCUUCUCAAAAUGCUGGUCUGAUGAAGAGGGAAAACGGUGCCGUACGACAAGAUGCUUUGAUGGAUGAAGAGGAGGAGCCCCGGCCUCCAUAUCUACAUGCAAUGCUUGCCGGAGGUACCGGAGGCACUUGCGGCGAUAUGCUUAUGCAUUCGCUAGAUACGGUCAAGACCCGGCAACAAGGCGACCCUAGUUUUCCUCCGAAGUACACCUCCAUGACCUCAUCGUAUGCGACCAUCUACCGACAAGAAGGAGUUUUCCGCGGUCUUUACGGUGGUGUCACCCCUGCCCUCCUUGGUUCCUUCCCGGGAACUGUCAUUUUCUUCGGGACAUAUGAGUUCACCAAGCGAUGGAUGUUGGAUGCGGGGAUCAAUGCGAAUGUAGCAUAUUUAUCUGGAGGAUUCAUUGCGGACCUGGCCGCUUCUGUUGUAUAUGUCCCCUCGGAGGUGUUGAAGACACGGCUGCAACUCCAGGGGCGCUAUAACAACCCAUAUUUCAAUUCUGGAUAUAAUUACCGCUCGACCUCAGACGCGCUGCGAACGAUCAUUCGACAAGAAGGCUUUUCUGCGCUCUUCCAUGGGUACAAGGCUACAAUUUUCCGUGAUCUACCUUUCUCUGCUCUUCAGUUUGCCUUCUACGAACAGGAACACCGCCUCGCCAAAGAAUGGAUAGGGUCUCGAGAUAUCGGUCUUGGGCUAGAGAUCUUGACUGCUGCCACGGCUGGUGGCAUGGCGGGCGUGAUUACUUGCCCAAUGGAUGUCGUAAAGACUAGAAUUCAGACACAGCAGAACCCAGAUGCUGUCAAGCCUUCUUCCGCUUCGUCGAAGGGCCCCGCUGAGCACGCUUCUACCAAGGAGACUCCUCGGCAGCAUACUUCAAGCCAAACUACUUCGAGCCUCCGGACUCACUCCCGGCCGAUCUCAACCGGAGGAGCUUCUACUUCAGUACGGCCCCCUGGAACGCCUCGCCUGGACACCUCGUCAUUCUUCACUGGCUUGAAGAUGAUUUACCAGACUGAAGGAUUUUCUGGGUGGUUUCGCGGGGUUGGUCCACGGGGCGUUUGGACCAGCAUACAAAGCGGGACCAUGCUGGUCAUGUACCAGUAUCUGCUGAAGCAGCUCGAGGCAUGGCAAACUACUGGGGAGACGGGUCCUCUUUAG